UUUCAGCUUCUCUCUAAGACUCCCACCCUAAGUAAAGUUAAUGAUCCUUACAGUGUAGAAAGGAAUCAUCAUUUGGUCUAGGAUCUCUUGCAUGAGAAAAGGAAAAGCACAAAUUGUGUCCUAACAUGGGUCUCAUUCUUCUCAAGAAACUCAGCAUCCUCUUCCUCAUUUUAGCAUCACUCUUAUCAGCUUGUAUUGCAGGUGGGCAGUCCAAGUUCUUCAAUGAGUUGGCUAAAGAAGCGGAUACAAUGAAUGAGAAACCAUCCCGCCACGAUGAAGAGGUCAGUAUCCACGAGAGGCUUUUAAGGGUCAACACAAAAGACUAUGGAAGAUAUGAUCCAGCACCAGCUCUUGUGAAGCCUCCUUUCAAACUCAUACCCAACUGAUGCUCAUUUAGCCAUGAGUAUAAAAGCUUGGCUGCAGUCUGUGUGGAAAUAUCUAAAUAAAUGAAGUAAAUCUCUACAUAUAUGUAUGCCCACCUAUAUAUAUGUAUGUAGCAUAUGGCACAACAUUAUACUAAGUUUUUGAGCCCUCCGCGUAAUCAUGUGUUAUAUAUAUAUAUAUAUAUAUAUAUAUAUAUAUAUAUAUAUUUGUGUAUGUAAGAAGUUAUAGUAAAAUGUGUUUCAAAUUUCGUUGUGGCAUGUUUAAACCAUAAACAGUGGACUAAAUGAAGGGCAUUUUGUCCAGUCUAUGAUCUGUAAUAUAAUGAGGAUUGAUAC